AUGAUUGCUACCAGUCCUUGUGUCCGGACUCAAACGAUGCGUACACAUGCAUGUCCAGACAUCCGCAGCUAUUUUGAGAUGGCAAAACCAAAGUUCAUCUGCACAAAAGGAUAUGCUUCAAUGACUGAUCAAUUGGCAUUCAAGUAUCCAAGUAUUCAAGAAUAUAAACCUUCAAGCACAACAAACCUAAGAUCAACACACGAAGAGUCUCGACUAGGAUACGGUUACAACAAGAAUAAAUUCCUCAUCAUCAUUCGAGACUAUUGGCUCAGGACUGCAAAAAAGGUAUUUGAGAUGACCGGAUUUAUAUUAUGGGCCGAGAACACCAGCAAGGAACAAGUAGAGGCCGCCAGUAGUCGCCCUGUGACAGGGCUCACAAUACUACAACCCUUUAGAGGAUACCAGAGAGAGUUUGGGAGCGUUAGACUUUACCAAAAGGCAAAGCUGCUCGGUACGCUAGUCGGUUCUUGGCGUGGUAAGCCAAGAUCUGGUAGCUCCUCUGCCAUUUGGUGGCCAAACCCUUUUGUGGUUGACCCCAUCGCUGCAAGUUGGCACAUUGUUUCUGCUGGAAGUUUGGUUGUUUACUGUUGGUGGUCUCGUAUACCCCCUGCUGGUGGUCAAGGUCCAUUCCGCCCGGUCAUCGAAGAACAUUUUGCAGUCCCGGGCCCGUCUCUUCAGAUGAUGUUACCUAUUCCAAGCCAAGUUCCUUUCCUUACGAAACAAAUUCUCUCAAUUAAGACUAGCAGAAUCCCUGAAAUGGUCAAGCCACGGUUUGCUUUUAUGUCCAAGUCCAAUUCCGAGUCUUGUCCAAGUCAAAGUCCAAAUGUCCAAAACUAUCCAAGUGUUGUAGAGGCGCAUUUCUAUUCAAGUCCAAAGUCUGGGUCGUACCUCCAAGUCUCAAAACCAAGUCGAUUUCCAAGAAAGGGUCCAAUGCAAAGUUCCAAAAGCAAGUUCCAAAAGAAAAAUCAAAAACCAAAACCGAGGCCUAUACUAAGUCCUGUAAAAAAAAACAGGCAUAUACUAAGUCCUCCUCUCCAAAAGGAUCAAAAGAAAUCCGAACCCGAGGCCUAUACUAAGACCUGUGCAAAAAAAAGGCAGGCAUAUACUAAGUCCUUCUCUCCAAAAGGAUUAAAAGAAAUCCGAACUCGAGGCAUAUACUAA